GAAUCAAAGAUCCAGUUCUUCUUUCGAUUAAAAAAAAAGAAGCGAUUUUUAUGGCGAUUUUGCUCGUAACAAAAUUGUUCUUCCCAUCUCGAUGGUGUUCUAUCCCAUCCUGGACUUGUUCCUGUUCGAGGGAGAAAGAGAGGGUGAAAAAGGGAAAGAAAUGGAGGGGUUGCCUUGAAUCCAAGACGGUCUCCUCCUUUGACCACCAGCACCCCCCUGCCUUCCUUCCCCCCAUCUUCCUACACCUUUCCCUCUUCCUUCUCCAAAAUUGUGGCCCCGUUGGAUCCCCUUUUUUUAUAUACGCCUCGGCUUCCCCUAUCCAUUGAUGGUUAGCGAGGUCGCCAGAUCGGAGCAGAAUGGGCGUGUGCUUCUCCGCGGACAUCAAGGUCACCGGUGGCUCCAGAAGAAGUGGCGGCGCGACGGCGAGCGAGAAGCAGGCGGAGGGGCCGCGGAAUGAGGCGGCGUCGGAGCAGCCGCCGCAGAAGGAGCGAGGUGAGAAGAAGCGGUCCGUUGGGCUGGUACCUUGCGGGAAAAGAACCGACUUUGGGUACGCGAAAGAUUUCGAGAACAGGUACUCGAUUGGGAAGCUUCUCGGGCAUGGCCAGUUUGGGUACACCUUCGUCGCCACUGAGAAGGCUACCGGAGAGCGGGUGGCAGUAAAGAGGAUAGACAAGAAUAAGGUAAAUCUGCAAACGUGCGUCCUUACUUUUGUUCCUUCGGUUUUCUGUUUUUUUUUUUUUUUUUUUUUUCCUUCUUUUUUCUCGGAUGAGAAAUGUACGAGCUAUACAAUUAGAGUGUGUGAAAAAACUGGAAGAAUAGAUUUUGAAUUUGUUAUUGCAUCUCUAUUUGAGUAUAAUUCAGUUACCUGUUGAGGCUCAUACUGAGUCGCAAGUGGAUUCAUAUCUAGCCAUCUAGUUGAGCUCCUGGUGAACAGCAUACAAUUGAAAGAUUGUUUACCAUCUCUGAGCUAAAUACUACUCUCUUUAGUCUUUGCAUACUUAAGUGAACUAUUUAUCGGAGCAAUGUUUUUUUUUCAGAUUCUGAAAACUUCUUUGAAUGUCCUGGAUUAUCUAGCAGGGUUAUAUUCUCGUAAUUGUAGGAUUGCCAUUAUCACUAGGUGGAAAGUUGUUAUAUAUGUUAGUCCAGCUUAUCUUCAAUAGAGAACAAUAGUGAAAUGUAUACAAAUAUUUGUCUUUGUUUUCAGAGGAUAUGUUACCAAGAGAGAAACCAAAUGAAGGCAAUGAAGUGAUAAAUGGUUACUGUCCAUCUAAUUUUCUAGAAUAUGUGGAAGCUAUUGCACGAUGAAACGUAACCACGACAGAUACCUAUAGCACAUAAGAUUUAUUCAAUUGAUAUUUGAAUGUAUUUUGCUUGAGAAUAAAUACCCAUUCUUAAUUGAAUAAAGCUUCAUUCUUUGAAAAAAUUUCAGAAGUCCAAUACCUUGGUAUAAAUUCUUUUACUAAGAUUUUAGAUCUUGAAUCUUGAUUACACUGCCCGAUGAUAAUCAUGUGAUUAAAGAUUUUAUCAAUGGUUAGUCUCUGUAACUGAUAAAACCAAAUCAUAUAUAUGAUAGUUGAAGUCCAUGUGUGUCUUGACUGACAGUAGAAUGUCUCUUAGAUCAUGUUGUGCGACGCAAGAAUCAGAUCCUCCAGGAGGAUGAUCAUUUUCCUUUACAGGAAGCAUAAAUGAUUCUUCUGUUAGGUCAGCUGAAUGUGUGAAAUGGAUUUUUAACUAUCAUCUUAAAUAAUUUCCUUCAGCCAAAAACUUGCCAUUGCUAAUACUUUUUAAAAAUAAGUAUUGUGAGUAAUAGUUAGUCAUAAUUGUCAUUGAUAUGCUUGAUUAGUAGUUUUAAUUACAAUGCUAUCUUUUUUAUUGCUGAACAAAUCCAUUAGAGUAAGUCUUUGAACUUCUUAUCCUCUAUCUAGCAUACAACCAACUUUAAUUUCUUGAGACAGAUCAGCAAAGUUCAAAGUCUGUGCAGAAUUUCUAAUAUUGCUUGCUGCCAAAAAUGAAUACUAUUAAUCUUCCUGUCAGAACUAGGUGAAUCUGUGAAAAACUGGUUCAGUGACAUAGAGG